UCGCCCUUCGCCCUGCACUCCCAGUUGGCCCAGUUCCUCCUCGACAGGUACAGCUCCCACGACUGCGUCUGGAGCGAGUCGGAGCCCAACCUUCUCCAUACCGAUGCCCCGCCGCGCCUGGUCGUCCUGUCCCACGGUCACGGCCAAGAGUGCGGUUUCAUCCCCGACGUGAAGCCCCCGGCCCCGGGCAGCACGUCCCAGCUGGUGUGGGAGUGCGUGGCCGGGCACAGCUUCUCCUGGGGGCUGGCCGCCGAAUCCGGCUCCGGGAAGGGCGAAGCCGAACCGGAGGGAGCAGCUCGGUCACCCGUCGGUGAUGGGGACCAGAGAGAAGAGCCGGGAGCUGGUAGUGAUGACAGUGAUGACGGCAACGCAGCUCCCCAAGUGCCGACAGAGACGGGGACCAUGGCAAAAGAUCACGGGAGCGCCCCCAUCCCGGAGGAGAAAGCGGAGCGGGGGGCUGAGCCCCAAGAAGAAGAGGAGGAAGAGGAGGACGAGGACUUUGCCGAGGACGACGACCUCGCCUACACCGAUGACGUGCGUGAUGAGAACUACCACCCAUCUCUGGACAGCGACUCUGAGCCACAGCGGCGACAAAGCCAGACCAAAGCCCGUAAGAAGCCCGUAAAGGAGGAGCAGCCCCUGACUGAGCCGAGCCUGACGAGCUCCAGCCCGUCGGAGGAGAAGGUUGGACGAGUCAGCUGCAAGAGGCGAGCGCGACCGUGCGACGAGGACGUGGCCCAGAUCGGCCCGAAGAGGAUCAGGAAGGCGGCAAAGCGCGAGAUCCUCCUGUGCGACUUCGAAGGCUGCGGCAAGAUCUUCUCCAACCGCCAGUACCUGAACCACCACAAGAAGUACCAGCACGUCCACCAGAAGACCUUCACCUGCUCGGAGCCCAGCUGCGGCAAGUCCUUCAACUUCAAGAAGCACCUCAAGGAGCACGAGAAACUGCACAGCGACAAGCGGGACUAUAUCUGCGAGUUCUGCGCCCGUUCCUUUCGUACCAGCAGCAACUUGAUCAUCCACAGGCGCAUCCACACAGGGGAGAAACCCCUGCAGUGCGAGAGCUGUGGCUUCACCUGCCGCCAGAAAGCCUCCCUGAACUGGCACAUGAAGAAACACGACGCCGACUCCUUCUACCAGUUCUCCUGCGACAUCUGCGGCAAGAAGUUCGAGAAGAAAGACAACGUCACUGCCCACAAAAGCAAAAGUCACCCCGAAGUGCCCGGCGGACCCCCCCAAGCCGAGGGGGGCCAGCGGCAGACGGUGCCAUCCCCACCGCUGAACUUCAGCGCAGGGAUGCGGGCAGGGCUGGAACACCCGGAGGCACCCGGAGCGUUGGCCACGGAGCCCCUGGAGCUGCCGGGGCUUGGGGACACCCUGGUGAGCGGUGGUGAACCGGAGAAGACCCCACCUCCCAUCGCAGCCUCAGCCGAAUAUCGGGGGGGUAUCAGGCAGGAUCCGGACGUGCCCCGAGGCCGGGUGAUGGACGGCGUUGGUUCGUAGCAGGACUCAUCCUCCGGUUCUUGGCCGCGGGAGGGACCAGAGAGCAGGAUGGGAGGAGCGACGGGGCAAGGUGAAACGAUGCUGGACGCCGCGGCGUGCGGCAGCAGCGUGUCCAGGUGCCAAAGACACAAGGGACAGGCAAGGACUGGCGCUUGCCGGGGGGAAUCCCAGCUCCUCCGCCAAAACCCGGGCUUCCCUCGA